UUCUACAACAGCAGGUGGCAUUCUGACAUCAGCAGAGGCUGUGCUCCUUCUCCCAGGUACAGAGGACCUCCGACCAGACAUCUGGAAGGACUGCAGAGACCAGCCAAUCCCAUGAGCAGCGAGGAGCCCAUGGAGCUCAAGACUGUGACCGCCUCUGAAGCCGACGGCUACAGAAACACUGCCUUCCAGAAUGAAGAAGACAUUCAUGAAAACCAGAACACAUCAGGAAACAACUCCAUAAGGAACAGAGUUGUGCAAAACAGAGAACAUGUAAAUGCCAAACAGGGUGAAGAGCAGGUCACCAUUGAGCAGGAUUCUCUAAAAAGCGAAGAAGAUGAGGAGGAGGAUCAAGUGAUGCAUCCAAAAGGGUGUCUGGCAAGGAAGUAUGGUACAGUUUGUGAUUUUUGUAGAAAACACAGAACCACCAUUCAGUAUAUCAUCUGGGGCAUCUUAUUAGCAGGCUACCUGGCCAUGGUGAUUGCAGCCUGUGUGCUGAAUUUUCACAGAGCCCUUCCUCUUUUUGUGAUCACCGUGGCUGCUAUCUUCUUUGUGAUCUGGGAUCACUUUAUGGCCAAAUAUGAACAUCAAAUUGAUGAGUUCCUAUCUCCUGGCAGAAGACUUCUGGACAGCCAUUGGUUCUGGCUGAAGUGGGUGAUUUGGAGCUCGCUGAUCCUGGCGGUUAUUUUCUGGCUGAUCUUUGACACUGCCAAACUGGGCCAGCAGCAGCUGGUGUCCUUCGGGGGGCUCAUCAUGUACAUUAUCCUGCUAUUUCUAUUUUCCAAAUACCCAACCCAAGUUUACUGGAGGCCUGUCUUUUGGGGAAUUGGGUUACAGUUUCUUCUUGGGCUCUUAAUACUAAGGACUGAGCCUGGAUUUAGAGCCUUUGAUUGGUUGGGCAAACAAGUUCAGACGUUCUUGGAGUACACGAAUGCCGGUGCUUCAUUUGUCUUUGGUGAGAAAUACACAGACCACUUCUUUGCAUUCAAGAUCCUGCCCAUCGUGAUUUUCUUCAGCACUGUGAUGUCCAUGCUCUACUACCUCGGGCUGAUGCAGUGGAUCAUUAGAAAGGUUGGAUGGAUCAUGCUAGUUACUAUGGGAUCGUCUCCUAUUGAAUCUGUAGUUGCUGCUGGCAAUAUAUUUGUCGGACAGUCAGAGUCCCCACUGCUGGUCCGACCAUACUUACCAUACAUCACCAAGUCUGAACUCCAUGCAAUUAUGACCGCUGGGUUCGCUACCAUUGCCGGAAGUGUCUUGGGCGCAUACAUUUCUUUCGGGGUUUCGUCCACCCACUUGUUGACGGCUUCAGUUAUGUCAGCACCCGCAUCACUGGCUGUUGCUAAACUCUUUUGGCCUGAGACAGAAACACCUAAAAUAACCCUCAAGAAUGCCAUGAAAAUGGAAAGUGGUGAUUCAAGGAAUCUCCUAGAAGCCGCAACACAGGGAGCCUCCUCAUCCAUCUCCCUGGUGGCAAACAUUGCUGUGAAUCUGAUUGCCUUCAUAGCCCUGUUGUCUUUUAUGAAUGCAGCGCUGUCCUGGUUUGGAAACAUGCUCGACUACCCACAACUAAGUUUUGAGCUAAUAUGCUCCUACAUCUUCAUGCCCUUCUCCUUCAUGAUGGGAGUGGACUGGCAGGACAGCUUUAUGGUUGCCAAACUCCUAGGUUAUAAGACAUUCUUCAAUGAAUUUGUGGCUUAUGAACAUCUCUCAAAAUUGAUCAAUUUAAGGAAAAAGGCUGGACCCAAAUUUGUGAAUGGUGUGCAGCAAUAUAUGUCGAUUCGUUCGGAGACCAUUGCCACUUAUGCUCUCUGUGGCUUUGCCAAUAUCAGUUCCCUAGGAAUAGUGAUUGGUGCACUCACAACCAUGGCUCCUUCCAGAAAGCGUGACAUCACCUCAGGGGCAAUGAGAGCUCUGAUUUCAGGGACCACCGCCUGCUUCAUGACAGCCUGUGUCGCAGGCAUUCUCUCUGGCACUCCUGUAGACGUCAACUGUCACCACAUUUUAGAGAAUGUCUUCAACUCCAGUUUACCUAGAAACACUACCAAUGUGGUAUCUUGUUGCCAGAGUCUAAUGAGCAGCACUGUUGUCAAUGGUACCAGCAAGGUCAUCCCAGGAGGAAACCACAGCCUGUAUUCUCUGAAGAACUGCUGCCAAUUGUUGAAUCCAUCAUCACUGAACUGCAGUUGGAUCCCUAAUGCAUUCUGAGUUCAGUUACUUCUCCAACAGAACUCUAAGUACGGGUGCUGAAUUUUCUACUUUGGAGAGAGAGGAAAAAAAAAAAAAAAGCUAUUCUCCAAAGAUUGAUACAUCCAUCAUGAAAUCAGCUUUAAUUGGAAAGAACAGGAGUGAACCCCAGCAUCUAUCCUGACUGGGAAUCAAACUGUGAUCUUUUGGUUCCUGGGUCAAUGCUCAACCACUGAGCCACACCAGCCGGGCCAUCACGAGUGCUCUUCAUAUCACAAAGACCAUUUUGUGUGAGAAAACACAAACACUAAUGUCUGGACUCACAGAAAAAUGAAUGUGAAAAAGGUUUUGAAAUACCUUAAGUAAUUUAUUUAUAUUUUCCUUUUUAUUAAUGUACAAGAAUAAUUUUUUUAAAUCUAUGUGUAAAUAGUUGAUUUUCUUUUGUGCUGGUAUUGGUGGUGAAAGAGCAAGCUAAAUACCCAAAGAACUCUUUAUGCCAGAAGCAUAAUAUACCAGGAUAUUUCUAGUUAUUGAUCAUUUGUAUCAAAUUUUUCUUGGAACUCAAUGUGCCCUGUUGGUAUAUAGACUUAAUUUUAUGGAAACAUAUUUAUAUGUCUUUUCCCUCUGUUCUUAUGUUCUGGUGUCAGCCUUCAUAAAAGCUUUUGGCUUAAUGUGCCAUGGAUGCCAAUUAUUCAUAUAUUGGUUCUCCUUUGUCUGCUAUGUCUUAGUGUGUCAUGAAUGCCAAUUAUUCACAUGUUGGUUCUCCUUUGUCUGCUAUGUCUAUUGUUUUUCUCUCCCUUUUUAACUCUUUGCAUUUUUUUUUCUAUUCUGAUUUAUUUUAAGGAAUCUCUAGUAGAAUCUCUUUGCUGUUUCUAGGGUCUCUCUCUGACCAACUAAUUUUCAAAUUAUGUCUGUUACCAUUACUAUUCCUUGGAUGUUUGUAGCUCUUAGCUCUUCUCUGAGCUCUUUUUUAAAAUUAUUAUUUCAAGGAAAAUAAUUACUGCCCUGUUUUUGUUAAGCAUUUUUCUUUUUCAAAUUAUAAAAAAUAAUACCAAUUUUAAAAUGAUGUCAUUUUUAAAUGAUGAUGUUACAAUGGUGUUACA